GCGUUUUUGGAACUUGCUACAGAAGAAGCAGCUAUAACUAUGGUUAAUUACUACUCUGCUGUGACACCUCAUCUUCGUAACCAACCUAUCUAUAUCCAGUAUUCCAAUCACAAAGAGCUAAAAACUGACAAUACACUUAACCAGCGGGCCCAAGCAGUUCUUCAGGCAGUGACGGCGGUGCAGGCAACAAACGCUCCCAUUAGUGGGACCACUGUUAGUGAAAGUGCAGUGACUCCAGCUCAGAGUCCAGUACUCAGAAUAAUUAUUGAUAAUAUGUACUAUCCAGUAACCCUGGAUGUUCUUCAUCAGAUAUUCUCUAAAUUUGGUGCUGUAUUGAAGAUAAUCACAUUCACAAAGAAUAACCAGUUUCAAGCUUUACUGCAGUAUGGCGAUCCAGUAAACGCACAGCAAGCAAAACUAUCUUACAUAUAUUAUCAGAAGAUUUAAUGGGAAGAUGGCAUCUCUGAAAUGAACUGUAGUGAUUUGAAAAUUGUCAGUGUAAUUCUAGGAAUAUAUUAUAAAGACGUGACAAAAUAACAAGGAUGAGGUAUGUAAAAAUAUGAAAGGAACUGAAGAAUCUUUUGCUGUUGUUGACUUCUGACAAACUUAUACUAGCUUGUGGGAUACUGUAUUGGUCAUAUUUUCUAUUAUUUUUUUUUUUAAAGAGCAUGUAUUUGUUUCUCCAGUUUUGCAUGUUUUGAUUAGGGUAGCUCCUCACUAGUGGUAGCUCGUGUGACUGACUAAACUUCAUUGAAUAACAGUGACUCCUGCAUGUACAGUCAUUGUCAGAGUGAUCUUGGAGCCUAUCGAAGUGACAAACUGAAACAGUCAUAGGUUUAUAGUUUUGUAUUUUAACCAAUCUAUGCGUAAAUAGGUAAAAUGCUAAGAGUAAUACCAACUGCAAGUAUUGAAGAAUGCUAAAUUUGAAGGAAGGUUUGAUUUCCCCGCUACCCUCCCAGGCUAUAUAGAGGAAAAUAAGUACAGUUUUUAUGAUUGAGCUACUGUGGUAAAACAUUAAGUGCCACCAAAACAAAAGGAAAGAAACAGUCAGGUGAUAAGAAGAAAACUUCCAGUUUAAAUAAGUCUGGAAAUACAGUAGAAGCAAGAAGAUGUGGUGGCUUCACUUAAGUUGCAUGGAGUUCAAAAUUAAAAGCAUGGUAAAAGAGUAAAGAAGUUUUCAAUUUGUUUUCCAUCAAUUGUUACUAUAGAAGAUAACGGGGAAAUUUAAUUUUCCACUGGCACUCUUCACAGGAAAUCAGAA